GUUGACUCAGGGCAUAUGAAUAGAGACGCACUAGAAGGCAAAAAUCACCUCGCAUCUUCUAGAUCAGAUUGGCAUUAUCCCAGAUUUGAGAGCCAUCAAUAAUGAUCUCCCUCCCACUCUUCGCACCUCGCGAUGCACACGAACUUUGGUUCGGUCCCCAAGCAGUUCCCUCCUCACAACAAACCGAGCCCUUAUCAUCCUCAAGCUCGGUUUCCGCAAGCCACGCCCAAGCCGCCCGCCGACAUGAUAGCACACAACACCGUACCGGCGGGACUGCCCCACGCCUUGGGGCCUCUGCGCUCGCUACAAGUGACACCUUAGCCGCGCUCAUCCUGGAAGAACGCGCUUUGCGCGCGCGCAAGAACAAUAUUGCGUCGUUCGGAUGCUCCUGGAUAAAACCGGCCGGUUGUCCGAAGACGAUGCUCGGAAUGAAGGAAGAGGAGGCUGAAAGGGAGGAGGCUAUGGCUGCUGCGGAUGCGGAGUUUGCUGCUGCCGCCGCUGCCGCUGCUGCUGCGGCAGGUGGGGAGGGUGAGGAAGGGAUGGAUGAGGACGAUGAAACCGGAAUGGAGAGGGAUUUGGAUGCGGAUAUUCCGGACGCGGAUGAAGAUGAGGAGGGUGAAGACGAUGAGGGACUUAUUGAAGAUGGAGAAGAAGGGUUAGAGGCGGAUGGCGGGGUUGACGAGGAGGAAUAUAUGGAGCGCGAUUUGGAUGAUGAUGUCCCUGAGGCGUUUGAGGAUUAUGAUGACGACGAGGAGGAAGACUUCGAUAAUCAGCCUGAUUUGGACGACGAGAUUCCCAGCGCCGACGAAGGCGUCGAUGAAAUGAGUGAGCUUGAGCAAGAAGAGGAGCAUGCGGAGCGUGACCUGGACGACGAUAUUCCUGAAGCCGAUGCAGGCGAAGACGAAUGGCAGCAUACAGACACGGAUGCUGAGUUUGACGAUGAAGAAGAUGUUAGUUUCUUGCAGCAAUCAUUCCGCACCAGCACGGCCAGCAGCACCAGAGGCCCAUCCCUACCACAAGCGCCAAUGCGGCCGCGAGAAACGGAAGCGCAGCGUCGCUUCCUUCAGCGGUGGAGUGGGGGCGGCGACGUUUUCGACACGAGCAGCCUAAACACAAGCAUGUUGGUCGACGAGUUUGACCAAGAGCACGGCCGUGACCGAGGUCGCGACCACGGACGGGAUCUCCGAGCAUCGCUGGCAAGUCAGACAAGUCGGCGCAGCUCUGGAAAUGGGAGUAUUUUUGGGAGGUUCCCAAGACGAAGAGGGCGGAGCGGAAUGCCGAGGGAUAGUCUUGAGUUUUAG